AUGUUGCCUAAUAUGAACUAUCUCAAUCGCUUUAUUCCUGUGGCAUUUCGACGCACAUUUUCAAUCUCUGCUGUGACACCUCGAUCGACACGUGGCGGUGUGGAAGGACGUGAGGUGACUUAUCCGAUCGCAGACAAGAAACCAAAAUAUGUGAAGGAGUGCAAGGAUGCUGUUUCCAUCAUUAAAAGCGGGUCGCACAUAUUUGUGCAUGGCAUUGCAGCGACACCAACCCCACUUCUGGAGGGUCUUUGUGAGCAUGUCAAAGCAAAUAAUUUCAAAAAAAUAACUUUACAUCAUAUGCAUCUGGAAGGUCAUACUCCAUGGUUAGCUGCUGAUGUUAAAGAUCGUAUCCGUUCGAAUUCUUUAUUCACUGGACACAACUUGAGGGGUGCUGUUAAUGAUGGAACAGCUGAUUUUAAUUCAAUUUUUCUUCACGAAAUUCCAUUGUUGUUCCGAUCAGGAAUGAUUCAUCUAAACGCCGCGUUAAUUACGGUUUCACCACCUGAUUCUAAUGGUUUUUGUACACUCGGAACUGGUGCUGACUCUACUCGUGCUGCAGUAACUUUAGCAGAUUACGUCAUAGCAAUUUGUAACAAGAACAUGCCACGCACUUUCGGUGAUACAGUAAUCCAUGAAAGUCACAUCGACUUUAUGGUUGUAAAUGACUUCUCUCUUCAUGAACGAAUCGGAGCUGUACCAGAUGCUGCUUUGAAUGCGUUGAGCAACCAUAAAAAUCUCGGAAUACAUACAGAAAUGUUCUCAGAUGGUAUUUUGAAACUUGUCCAAUGCAAUGCUAUAACUAAUGCUAAAAAAACUCUUCAUCCAGGAAAAAUGGUGGUUUCGUUUGUUUACGGCUCCAAAAAACUGUAUUCCUUCUUGCAUGACAACCCUUUCGUAUUUUUUGGUGACGUUGCUUGGGUAAAUGAUCCAUCGAUUGUGAAAACGAUGCCAAAAAUGACUGCAAUAAACUCAGCAGUAGAAAUUGAUCUUACUGGCCAAGUUGUUUCUGAUUCUGUGGGUUCCCGAUUUCUUUCCGGUUUUGGUGGACAAGUAGACUUCAUUCGUGGCGCAGCGCUUAGUAUCGAUGGUCUUGGAAAGCCCAUUAUUGCUCUUCCGUCUUUAACAAAAAAAGGCGAAUCGAAAAUUGUUCCUUAUCUCAGUAAGGGAGCGGGAGUGGUGACAUCACGAGCCCAUGUACAUUAUGUGGUUACUGAAUACGGUAUAGCUCAAUUGUGGGGCAAAAAUAUGCGACAGCGGGCAUAUGAACUAAUAAGAAUUUCACACCCAAGUCAGCGAGAGCAACUGGAAAAAGCAGCAUUUGAAAGGAUGAAAGUGAUGCCAUCAUCGGAUUAA